AAGCUCUUGGAUCAAAAAUGGCUUCUCUUAAGAUAAAUCUCCUUGUCGUCAGCAUUGCCGUGCUCUGCGUUUACGUUGUCUAUGAAAUAUCUGCUGAGUCAGCUCACUGUCGUUAUCACAGACAUACCACUUGGGACUAUCGAGUUAAGAAUUCCACUCAUGUGAAAUAUUACUACAGGGUCUACUACGGGAUCUGCAAUUCAACUGGGAACUUGGUUUUGGACUUGCGUGUUUCAGUUAAUGGCGAACCUUUGUAUUACACAAUAACGUAUUCCUUACAAAAAAGAAGCACUGAAGCAGACGAUGAAAGCUUUGAAGAAAGGGAAAGGAACAGUGAAGGAGAGGAAAGACAGACAAAGAGUGCAGAGGCGUCUGAUUAUUAUCAAAUACUAAGAGACAUCGAAGGAAAAAAAGAUUCUAAAAGAAGCAAUGGAUAUUUGUCUACUGAAAUCGGAGGCUAAAGUAAGGCACAAAUGAGUCAGAAGACACUUGAAGGAUGGAGAAACUAAAACAACACUCUUUUAUUUCAAUUAUGAAUGAAAUAAAAAUUUUUGCAUUUUGA